UGCCAGACAGUAGUCUGAUUAUGUGCUAAAAUUCUUGGUUGGCUUAAAUGACUCUUAUGCCUCAAUUCGAAGUCAGUUACUUAUGGCUUCACCAUUGCCAUGUAUGGCAAAAGUAUUCUCUUUACUACUUCAAGAGGAAAGCCAGAGACAACUCAACAAUUCUGUUAGCAAUGAAACUCAUGCCUUUCUUGCAAAACAGAAUAGUCAGCCAUCUAUUCCAUCGAAGUUUCUCAAAGAUAAACAGAAGAGAUCAUCUUUAUAUUGCACUCAUUGUGGGUACAAUGGACAUACAAUAGAGAAAUGCUUCCAACUUCAUGGUUACCCUCCUGGCUGGACUGGACCAAAAGGGAAGAGAAGUUCACCCACUGCUCAUGCUGCUAUAUCAACCUCUGAGGUCUAUAUUCAAAACAGUAACGAGGAUCAAAAGUUUUCUUUAACCUUUGAGGAAUUCAAUAAAUUGCUAGCACUUGCAAAUUCUAACUCAUAUCCAAUACCUACUCAAACAUCUCCACCAGCUGUAAACAUUGUUACUUCUGAAUUUUCUGGACCAAUCAACAAAGAAGAUGAUUGGGAUUGCCUUUGAGAAGCAUGGACUGUACCACCUACCUCAAGCUACUUCAAAAGAUGUUACCUGCAAUAAACCCAAGUUUAAUUCUUCAUCUUUUGUCUCAGCUAUUACUCAAAAUCAAUUAGAUACUUGGCAUUACAGAUUAGGUCAUGUAUCUAACUCAAGAUUACCUUUUCUUAGACAACUAGAAUCCUCUAUAUCUUUCAAUUCUACCAAUAUCUGUGAUGUAUGUCAGUUAGCAAAACAAAGAAAGCUUUCAUUUCCUGUAUCUCAAACUAGUUCAAAUAAAAUGUUCGACUUGAUCCAUUGUGACA